AAGGGAAGUGGCUUAAAUCUCGAGUCUCUGUAACUCCGACGGCCGAAGUGUGUAUGAAGAGUGACAGCGGAGGCAGAACAUGAGCUGCAGCCUGGAAACCUGCACAAGAAGAUGAGCAGAAAAUGUGUCUGUGCCCAGUGUCUGAGAGGGAUUGUUUUGACGGAUUUCACAACUAGUGUGGGCAAAACACCAGAAAACCUCCAUGGAAACCGAAACCACCACAUCAGGAAGCAUUUUUCACACUUUGAAGCAGAGCUCUAUAAGCAUGGCUCACGCUAACCUAAGCAUGACCUCAGCCUCCAACGCGAGCACACGUUGCGAGCAGCAGGGGGAGCUACAGUCAUCGCUCGCCGUGCUUUAUACCAUCAUCUUUAUACCCGGGCUUCUCGGAAACCUGGUGGCGUUAUGGGUAUUCCUUUUCCUGCACUCAAAGAAGAACUCUCUGCGUGUGUUUCUCAUUAACGUAGCGUUAGCCGACCUGCUUCUCAUGGUGUGCCUGCCGUUCAGGGUGAUAUACCACAGCCAAGGCAACAGAUGGAGACUGGGGCCGACGCUGUGCACCGUAGUGGGAAACCUCUUUUAUAUGAACAUGUACAUGAGCAUCCUACUGCUGGGAAUGAUCAGCGUGGACAGGUAUCUGAAGCUCCAUCGGCGCUCGGGUCUGGACAGUAGGAUGACCGCUAGAAGGAGCACCGUUUUCUGCGCGGUAGCAUGGGCAGGAGCCGUGGCGUUCAUUAUGCCGAUAGUGGUGUCCAAGAAGCGCACACAGACGGACAGAUGUUUCUAUUACAAACAUCUCCUUAACGACAAAUGGAAGGCCUGGAUGAACCUCUCCAUCAUCGUGGCUUUUUGGCUCGUUUUUAUCAUUCUAAUGACAUCUUACAUGAAAAUCGGACACUAUCUUCGAAGGAGAUCCCAGGAGAAGCCGGACUUCCCCAACGCCUCCCACUACAGAAGCAGCGCUAAGAAGUCAUGUUUCAUCCUGUUCCUCUUCACCGUCUGCUUCGUUCCCUAUCACCUGGUCAGGAUCUUUUACAUCGUAACGCAGAUCACGGACACUUCCUGUUUCCUAAGGGGCGUGGCCGAUCGAGCCAACGAGAUCGCGUUGGUGUUUUCGGCCUUUAACAGCUGCCUGGACCCGGUCAUGUACUUCCUGUUGUCUUCGUCGAUGAGGAGGGAGGUGCUGCGUUUGGCGGGCAGGGUGCUGUGCGUGCGAGAUGUGGUCGUGAGUCAUGGAAACAGCUCUUCUGUGGAGAUGGCACAAGCGAUCGCCUCCGACAAAGGAGAGAUACACAUCAGCUCAGUCAUUACAGACAACAACAAGAGCUGAGGAGGACACGGAAAGAGCGUUUCAGUCCAUGUGCUGUGUGUGGACCAUAGACUGUUUAUAUAAAUGGACAUAGCUAACCUGCUAGCCGCCGCGAUCCAAAUAGGAAGUGAUCACGGGCGCGUUACUAGCUCCAUCGACUCUCAUUUCACUUUGUAAUGAGAAACUGUGGCUCCUCUCUCUGUAACUGCUGCUGUCAAACUCCCCAUUUCGGUCUUAAAAUGUUCGUAUUAACCGGCUGUAACCGCUCUAACCUCGAUGAGCGUCAUUUGGCCGGAGCUGAACGCUGUCGGUGACGUCGCAUUUACUCAGUCCACGUCUUUACACAGUCUGUGGUGUGGACUGAAAGAUCAGACUAGACGAGCUCCGGUCAAGACUUUUGGGGCCGCUGAACCCGAUACCAAUCAUUUUUAAAGCAGCGCUACGUAACCUUUCCAGCACUAGCUCGUCUCCAUGGAGAUGUUACUGCUUUUCCUAGAAUGUUCUUAAUAAAAUCUCUGCACAGACAAAGGACGUGUGAAGUCAGAUGACAGUAAGAACACAAGUUUUCCCGGUAUUUUUGUGCAAUAAAACACUAAAAACAACAAAUGCGAGAUUGAUAAUUAACGUAGAGUAAUGCCGUACUGUGGAACAUUCCAGGCAAAGCAAUAGCAUCACCAUGGAGACGAGCUGAUGGCGGAAAAAAUUGCAAAUUUUCGAUUGGCUGAUACUGAUGACAUUGGCAAACUGUUUUAUUUGUAGAGAAAAUGACGUCUGGGUCGUGGGCCGAGUUUCCUUAAAUGUUUUUGGUGUCAUUAAAAUUUAUACUGACUCUAAUUAAACCAGGGCCUUUUAACACUCGUGUCAUAAACAAAAGAGCAGACUUCAUACGGCGC